AUUUUAUCGUUUGUUUAUUUUCCAUCCAUUUAUUUGCCAUUUAUCCAUUUCAAGAAAACUACCGUGCUGCAAUUUCUUUUCAAAUUGUUAUAAAAGUACAAAAAAAUUGAUUAUAAUUAUAUAUAACAAUUAAGAAGCAUUAGAACAAAGAUAUAAGCGUUAUUUCUUACAAGUACGCGAUUCUUAAAUAUAUAUUCGUAAAAAUGAUCGUACUUUAUUAGUUAUUUCUGACACAUUUUUUUUAAUAAUAAUUUGUUAUUUUUCACCAAAAUAAAACUCUUCAUUGCAGUCAUGUAGAAUUACGACAUCGAUAGUGAGAAAUUAUGAUACAAGUUUUUCACAUAAAUUUGUAAUAAAAUUCAUAUUGUUUGUUGUCUUCUUUGAUGUUAUAAUCGGGAGCAUCCCAGCACAUUUUCAAUCAGACACACCACUCACAUCAGCCGAUGCCUAGUAAGCUACCAUCAAAAUUUUUUUAUUUAAUCGACAAUGUGGUGAAGUAUAAAGGUGAGGUCCAAUCGGUAAUGUGUCCGAUCGGACGUCACCCUUAUAAUCCACCUUAUCCAAGAUAAAAGAAAAAUGGUGGGGACCUGUAAACUUCACUAUAUUAUGUAGCCAAUCACACAUUCCAAAAAAUUAUCGUAUAGUAAACGACGAAUAAUAGUUUGCUCAAUAGAUCAAAAUCUAAUUCGUCGAUGAGAGAAAGAGAUGGAGAGUGCCAAACACAACUAUGCGAUGCCGAUCGUCCGGUCACUUUCAAUAGUCUCCAGCAUCUCGAAUUUCUUUUCUCCAUCAUGACUCUAAAAUUAUAUUUUGAUAUGAUAUCGCAACCUUCGAGGACAUUGUACAUAUUUUUCAAAACAUGUAAUAUACCGUUUGAAAAAAAGAUUGUGAAUCUCAGGAAACUCGAACAUCAUACUCCGGAAUUUGAGAAGAUUAAUCCGUUCAAAAAAGUGCCGGCUAUAGACCACGAUGGCUUCAAGCUUACUGAAAGUAUAGCAAUUAUGCGAUACGCGUGCAGAGAAUUUAAGGUAGACGAUCACUGGUAUCCGAGCGAUUCGAAAGCGCGAGCAAAAGUAGAUAAGUUUAUCGAAUGGCAUUAUUUCAACAUAAGACUACAUUGCUCCAAGUAUUUCUUGGCGAAGUUCCUAAAUCCGCUUCUACGGGGUACCUCGCCGAAGCCAGAGAAGAUAGCUAAAUUGGAAAAGGCUAUGAGCGAUAAUAUCGACCCUAUUGAAAAUAUAUGGCUGAAAGACAAGCUAUACUUAACAGGAAAUACAAUUAGCGUGGCUGAUAUAUUUGGUGCUUGCGAAUUAGAGCAACCACGAAUAGCCGGAUAUAAUCCGAGAAAUGGAAGGCCACGCUUGACCGCCUGGUUGGAAAGAGUCGCUGCGGAGACAAACCCUCACUAUGAUGAUGCUAAUAAGUUUAUAGAUGAAGUCAUUGCACAGACAAGCAAGAUGUUCUCGUGAUUCCUGUGACAAUUUUCAGACGAGUUUCUUUAGCUUAGGCAUUCUCUUCGGGCAUUUCUCGACGUGGAUGCUC